AUUUUGACGUUUGACAAUACAAAUGUUUUUUUGACGUCAGACUGCAUUUUCAGCAUUUCAUUGUUUACAAAAUUUAAUUGAAAGUAAUUUCGGUUGAGUGAUCCUUGAUUAAGCAUAAAAUAAGAUGUCUAUUGGAUCAGUUUAUGAAACUGCAUAUAGAGGAGACUUUAACCAAGUUAAAGUGAAGGUUGAUGAAGAUCAUGGAUUAAUAAAUGCACCAGACUCUAAUCAGCGACUACUUAUUCAUUGGGCGGCACUGGGUGGGAAUCAAAACUUGGUGGACUUUUUGUUGGAUUUAGGGAGUCCUGUUGAUCCUUUAGAUGACACCAAUUCAACUCCUUUAAUACUAGCCUCUUCAGCUGGAAGAGUGGAAGUAGUAAAGUUAUUGCUAAGCAAAAAAGCUGAUGUUAAUAAAAAGACAAGUAGAGGCCAGUCAUCUUUGCAUUAUGCCUGUUCAAAAGGUCAUGUAGAGGUAUCAAAGUUACUAUUAAACUUCGAUGCGAAUGUCAAUGAUGUUGAUGUUUUGAGUGCAACACCUCUACAUCGUGCUGCAGCACAAGGCAGAAACAAUAUUGUAGAACUCCUUUUGGCAUCACCUCAAAUAAAAGUUGAUAUGUGUGACUCUACGGGUUCAACACCUUUACAUAUAGCUUGUGAAGAAGACAGAGAAGCAGUGGCAUGCAUGCUGGUCAAAGCUGGAGCUGACUUAGAAAUAGCUAACAAAGAUAAGAAGACACCCCUUGACUUGUGUUCUGCUAAGUUGAGAAAUGUUUUGUCUACUUUGGUGAAAUAAAAAUAGUGUAUUGAUUACUUAAAUAAAACUAUUUGCGUAUAUAA